ACCACCCAUUGCUGCCUCCAGUCAUUGGGCAGCUCCAGAUUGUGCUCCUGGACUUCAGCACCUCCUGAAGAGGUUCCCGCGCUUUCUGUCGUUAUGAAAGUCAUAGAGAAGGGUGGCUUGUGAGAGACACGUGCUGGGCUGCAGCUGGACCCACCACCCCGCCUUGACAGAGGUCUUUUGAGAUCUUUCUCCCAAGUCAGAAACGACAGACUGAGCUUGGCAUCACCUGUCUCAGCAAGAGGCAAUGGAGCCGGGCCAUCGAGAAGGAGCAACCCCUUUGACCAGGAGCCCCCGGAGGAGCAGCAGGGACACAGACACCUCCAAGUUCAAACACAAGACCCUGGCCUCCUCCAGCUCCGGAGGCAGCUCUGGAGGACAGGGUUACCGAGAGGAAGCCCGGCCUCCGCCCCCAAGCCCUGCCAGCAGGGAUUCUCUAGGGCCUGGGGCUCUGAAGAAGAGGGGCUCCAGGGCCUCCUUGAGGGAGAGUCGCACUUCCCUCCACGAGGGGCCUCCGCAGGACAAAAGCCCCAACGAGAGGACCCAGGAGCUGAGAGGUUUGCCUCCCAGCCAGAAGGACAGCAUCAUUCCUGACAACAUUCGCCACAAAUUUGGGAGCAAAGUGGUAGACCAGCUGGUCUCCGAGGAGCAGGCUCAAAGGGUCAUCAGUGAAGUCUUGGAGGAAAAGAAAAAGAGAAGCUUGUGGUCCAGUGGAACCCGGAGUCCUGUGAAAAUCUCCUCCAUCUUUUCAGACUACUAUGACCUGGGUUACAACAUGAGGUCAAACUUAUUUCAAGGACCACCCCAAGAGACCAAGAGCCUCAUGAAAGCUUCCUACACGGCAGAGGUGCUGGAGAAAUCGGUGCGGGACUUGGAACAUUGGCACGGGAGGAAGACAGAUGACCUGGGACGGUGGCACCAGAAAAAUGCCAUGAACAUGAAUUUGCAGAAAGCACUGGAGGAGAAACUUGCAGAAAAGAGCAAAUCCAGGGCCUCAAAGUAUUAGCUACGGCACAGAAGAGACACCCUCUGCUCAAAGAAUGUGCUAACAAUAAAGAGACAGAAAGCACAAA